AUGUUAUCGGGUGUGACAGUGUUGGAGUUGUCAGCGGUCGGCCAAGACGCAAACUUGACACUAACGCAAGUUUCCAAGGUGCUCGGCGUGGCUCGACAGGUGCGGCAGGUGUCAUGGUGCGUGAUGGUGGUGGUGGUGAGCGACGACCUCGCCUUCCUUGCCGCCUUCGCCCAGUGGUCACUCAAGGGCCGCCUCCUGGUGUGGUCGACUAGGCUCCUGGUCGUCACCAGACUCCCCCUCCAUCACCUGCAGGUCCUCCACACACUGCUCUCCAUGACCAACUCCAUGCUGCUCGUUGUGGAAAAUGACUCGAAAAGUCAACGGUGCAGUGUGUACAUCCAGCUGCCGUACAGCCCCAGGGGAGCCCAGGCGCUGAAGGUGGCCUCCUGGACGCCCCACCAAGACCUAGCCCUCACCUCCAGUCUCCCGCUCUUCCCAGACAAGUUCUCCAGACUCCUUCAUCACCCGACGUUAGUAGUGGCAGGGGAGGUGUACCCGGGUCAGACGGAGGAGCUGGUCGACUACCCUGGCGCGCCUGAUGGCAAGAGGCUGGUCUUCAGGGGGCCCGCAGCGAGCGUCCUCGACUACCUUGCUCAAGCUAUCAACUUUUCAUUAAAAGAAAGACUUAAACCACUAAAAACACUAACUGAUUACAUAAUUCCAUUUAAUAAAAAAUUAUUUACGCAAUGUUCUAAUGAGUUUCAAAAUACUGUUUUGAAAAAAGGCAGUUUUCGAGACAUAAUCCAUAGCGAUAACAUUUACUAUUUUGUUUUUUGCGUAUUGAUAAAAAAAAGUCUUUCCGUAUCACCGCAGGAAGCAGAUAUCACGUUAGGUCCCUUCGCUGUGAGUUUCAGUCGUCUUGAAGUUAUCGACUUCUCGUGGCCAAUACACAUUGGAUUGUCGAAGAUCCUGGGAGGUCGAGGGCGACCGGUGGUGGACCCGUGGGGCUUCUUGUUUCCCUUCACGCCCCUGGUGUGGGCGGCCAUCCUGACCACGCUGCUGGUGAUGUCUCUGACAGUGUUUCUUUUAAGCUCCUGCUCCUCUCAUGAGAUCGCUGAUGCACAUCUUUGGUUUUCAAAAGCCUUCAACUAUAUUCGCGUAUUAUUACAACAGGACUUGAGCAGAUCGGAUGAGUGGUGGUGGGAGAAGAUGGUGAUGCUGGUGUGGAUGAUGGUGAUGCUGGUACUAUCACGGAGCUACUCGGGCAACCUCUUGGCUCUCCUGGCCGUCAGAUACAUUCCUCAUCCCUACCAGACCCUCGAAGACGUUGUGCACGACCCCUCAGUCAAAAUGAUAUGGAAAGCUAACACCAUAUAUGAAAACUAUUUUCGAACGUCAACGUCGGGCAUCUACCGCAAGGUUGGAGACCUGGAGACUAGGGCGCGGGUUGUCCGGAGACCACACUUGCAGAUCCUGGCUGCCCUCGAUACCCUGGUCAGGAGCGGAGACCAAGUCCUCCUCGACAAUGACGCCAGUCUCAUCAACCUUAUGGUUGAGGAUUUCCUGCGCACAGAUACGUGUGAUUUCUACAAGUCUAGGGAAGGGUACUUUGCCUUCCCAUACUCGCUCGUCCUGCAGAAGGACAGUCCUCUUCUUCCUAGUGUCAACAAAAGAGUGCUGGACCUGAUGGAGGCCGGCUUCUACCUAUACUGGACCGGGGAGUCUGGCACCAGCGCCUCACCCUGUGCCUACCCGCCUUCAAGGGUCACUGUCAACACGGCCCUCGCAGUUUCUGACCUCUGGGGUAUGUUCCUAAUGCUGCUUGGUGGCCACGUCGUGGGUCUGCUGGCGCUGCUGCUGGAGCCUGUCUCCACCCGGAUAUAA